CAUCCUCUGGCUGCCAUGGGGCCUAGGAUCCCUGUGCUUUCUUUCUGGGUUUGCGCCUUUGCCAAGACAGGGAUUUUGUUCCCAGGAGGCACUCCCCGGCCCAUGGGAUCUCAGCAUUCAAAGCAACAAAGGAAACCUGGGCCCCUGAAACGGGGCCACCGAAGAGAUCGGAGAACAACCAGGAGGAAGUACUGGAAGGAAGGAAGGGAGAUCGCUCGUGUCUUAGAUGAUGAGGGCAGCAACCUGAGGCAGCAGAAGCUUGACCGGCAGCGGGCCCUGCUGGAGCAGAAGCAGAAGAAGAAGCGCCAGGAGCCGCUGAUGGUGCAGGCCAAUGCCGACGGGCGGCCUCGAAGCCGGCGGGCCCGGCAGUCGGAGGAGCAGGCCCCCCUGGUAGAGUCCUACCUCAGCAGCAGUGGCAGCACCAGCUACCAAGUUCAAGAGGCCGACCCACUUGCCAGUGUCCAGCUGGGAGCUGCCCGCCCAACAGCACCAGCCUCAGCCAAGAGAAGCAAGGCAGCGGCCGCCGCAGGGGCCUCGAAGAAGGGGAAGAAGGGGAAGCACAAAGGCGCCGGCGGGCCAGCGGCUCUGGCAGAAGACGAGUCUGAGGCUCGAGGCCCAGUGCAGAUCCUGACUGUGGGCCGGUUGGACCACGCCCAGGACGCAGGGGAGACGGCAGCUGGUGGGGGCACACAGCCCAGCGGGCAGGACCUCCGUGCCACGAUGCAGAGGAAGGGCAUCUCCAGUAGCAUGAGCUUUGAGGAGGAAGAGGAGGAUGAGGACGAAUACAGCUCCAGUUCCUCCCAGCUAAACAGCAAUACCCGCCCCAGCUCCGCCACUAGCAAGAAGUCCAUCAGGGAGGCAGCCUCAGCCCUCAGCCCAACAGCCCCAGAGCCCUCGGCAGAAGUUGAGGUCCAGGAUCUCGAGGAGUUUGCACAGAGACCAGCUCCCCAGGGCAUCACCAUCAAGUGCCGCAUCUCAAGGGACAAGAAGGGGAUGGACCGGGGGAUGUACCCCACCUACUUCCUGCACCUGGACCGAGAGGACGGGAAGAAGGUGUUCCUCCUGGCGGGAAGGAAAAGAAAGAAGAGUAAAACAUCCAAUUACCUCAUCUCUGUGGACCCUACAGACUUGUCUCGAGGCGGGGACAGCUACAUCGGGAAACUGCGAUCCAACCUCAUGGGCACUAAGUUCACCGUUUAUGACAAUGGAGUCAACCCCCAGAAGGCUUCCUCCUCUACGUUGGAAGGUGGGACCCUGCGUCAGGAGCUGGCCGCCGUGUGCUACGAGACUAAUGUCUUAGGAUUUAAGGGGCCGCGGAAGAUGACUGUGAUUGUCCCAGGCAUGAACAUGGUUCACGAGAGAGUCUGUAUCCGGCCCCGCAACGAGCACGAGACCCUGCUAGCACGCUGGCAGAAUAAGAACACGGAGAGUAUCAUUGAGCUACAAAACAAGACGCCUGUCUGGAACGAUGACACGCAGUCCUACGUACUCAACUUCCACGGGCGCGUCACGCAGGCCUCCGUGAAGAACUUCCAGAUCAUCCAUGGCAACGACCCUGACUACAUCGUGAUGCAGUUCGGCCGCGUGGCAGAGGACGUGUUCACCAUGGACUACAACUACCCGCUGUGUGCGCUGCAGGCCUUCUCCAUCGCCCUGUCCAGCUUCGACAGCAAACUGGCCUGUGAAUAGAGGCCUCCUCACGUCCAUCGGGGUGGCCCAGCCCGGAGUGGAGCUGCCUGCCUGCCCUCUGUACAUAGGCCUCCUGCCAGAUGAACCUGUGGCUCUCGGUGGGCCCCCUGGCCCAGCCAGCCAGUAACUGGCUCCUCUGCCUCCCCUGUUGAGGCAGAGAAGUGGGGUGUGUGUAAAGGGCCCA